UGGACGUUCACCUAUGAUAAGCCGCCGCCUUGGACGUACCACUUAUCUUUCCCAUCCCGCGGCCGCAUGGACUGUUACUCCUCCUUCAAGUUUUUCUCUUUACCACCACCUCCUUGGUGAAAUUUUCAGAACAUUGCUAUUCCAACAGAUCUCUACCCAGCGUCUGCAAUCCUCGGUGUCAGAGUCAUCAUGACUUCUAUUUCUCGUCGUGCUGGAGAGUAUGAUCGUGGCGAUAUCGGUUUCAUUAUCAUCGCAGGUGCUAUGGUCCUUGUGAUGGUACCAGGGCUCGCGUUUCUUUAUUCUGGUUUGGCACGGAGAAAGAGUGCCCUCUCGUUGAUUUGGGUGGUAAGUGCAGGAAAUGCCGUCGCCAUCUUCCAAUGGUUCUUCUGGGGUUAUUCUCUCGCGUUCUCGUCCUCCGCAACCAACGGAUACAUAGGCAACCUUCGAAACAUCGGCCUUCGUAAAGUCCUCGAUGAUCCUUCCCCCGGUUCAACGCUGUUACCAGAAAUUCUCUUCAGCUUCUUUCAGAUGGAGUUUGCUUGCGUCACCGUAGCUAUCUUGAUGGGUGGUAUUGCCGAACGUGGUCGUGUGUUCCCCGCUAUGGUCUUCACUUUUGUGUGGAUGACACUGGUUUAUUGUCCGUUGGCGUGCUGGGUAUGGGGAGCCAACGGAUGGGCAUUCAAGUGGGGCGUUCUUGACUUUGCAGGUGGUGGCCCUGUCGAAAUUGGCAGUGGUGUUGGCGGACUUGCCUUUUCUUGGGUUCUAGGACGUAGGCAAGAGAAAGAACUGAUUAAUUUCCGCCCUCACAACGUCUCCUUUGUGUCGCUGGGUACCUUCCUUCUAUGGUUUGGAUGGUUAGGAUUCAACGGUGGUAGUGCAUUUGGCGCGAAUAUUCGGGCUAUCUUUGCCAUCUGGAAUUCGAUGCUCGCAGCUUCAUUCGGCGGUAUGGUCUGGUGUCUCAUGGACUACAGAUAUGAACGUCGCUGGACCAUGGUCGGGUUCUGCUCUGGAACCAUUGCUGGUUUGGUCGCUGCCACUCCAUCAUGUGGAUUUGUUCACCCUUGGGCUUCCGUCGUUGUCGGUAUCCUAUCCGGUGGUCUCUGUAACUUGGCCACGAAAUUGAAAUUCGUGUUGCGCAUUGACGACGCCCUGGAUCUCUUCGCCGAACACGCUAUCGGAGGCAUCAUCGGCCUCCUCCUCAACGCAUUCUUUGCUGACGAUGCCAUCAUAUCUGCGGAUGGUAUCAGCACAGGUAUCCCUGGAGGUUUCAUGGACCAUAACUGGAAACAGCUGUAUAAACAAGUGGCGUACGUCGUCGCGACUUCCACAUAUACCUUUGUUAUCACUGCUGCGAUUGCGAAGGCCAUUGAUCUCAUUCCUGGAUUGCAAUUGAGAGGUAGCGUAGAGAGUGAAGUUCUGGGGUUGGAUGAAGUCGAGAUUGGAGAGUUCGCGACGGACUACAUCGAAAUCGGUCGUAGUUUCACCGAUGGAUUUGGUAUCCUCUCAGAACCCAACAUCCAACAACCACAUGUCGCAGCUGGAGACCGACAUGGACAUCCCGAAAACGAACUUCAUUGGCGUGCGACGCCGAAUGGACCUCGUCCAUCGAACGAAGAUAAGAAUGUGGAUCCCAAACAUCUCUCUUCUGUUAGUGAAAAGCCAUCAGCGGAGAGUAUGAGUGGGAACCAAGUCUAACACCUGGACUGCACUGAACGGACAUAGAAUUUAAAGUAAGGAACUACUAGUCAAUGAAUUUCCACGUUGGGGACAUGCCCACUCGAGAUUCUACAAGUGAAACUCUGUGUAAAGUGUAAUACGUGUUGGCAUAAGGCUUGGGAAUAGAUCUGCAUCACAUCAAAACAGG